GUCCUCUUCUCGGUAAAAUGGCAGAGGUCGGUCAGAGGCUGGGAAGCGGAGUUUACCGACUGUCCGGUCUCCGGAGCAGCCAGAGUCGACCGGUGUGCACCGGAGAAAGUCCCGGAUCUCUUCUGGUGACCUGCACCUUCAUUGACAGCCGGGUUAGAGAGGAAUCAGCCCGGGAUCAAGGUGAGGUUCAGCGAGGGUCAGGAAAAAGAGCAACACAACGCAAAUCAGAGAAACUUUCCAGAGUCAGAAAAAGUAAACGUCAACAUGAAAAUGGGAGUUUGCUUUGUGCCACAUCUUUGGAGCUGGACUCGUCCCGUUUUCCCGGGUUUAUUCAAACAAGAGAGAGCGUGCAAGCUCAGAGAACAGCCCUGUACCUCUCUGCAAGACUACAGCCACUCCUCAAGGAGAAGCUGCUGCCUUGCAGGAUGACAUCCUGGACCAGAGCAGCCGUUUCCAUCCACCCUGACACCUUCGGGUCCGCUCAACAGCUUAGAGCUCUCUGCACUGUCAUCUUUGUUCUGGCUGAGCAGGGACCAGAGAGACCAGAGAGACUGAGACGUCUGAAACUACACCCUGAUGCAUCUACGGCAACUAGGAACUACAGCUGGAGGAGUGACAGGACUUCAAAAGAUGCUCCUCUGCUGUACAGAAGCAGGACGGCCUAUUACGACAUCCUCAAAGUGUCCCCCGGUGCCACACAGUCCCAGAUCAAGACGGCCUACUACAAGCAGUCUUUUAUUUACCACCCUGACAAGAAUCCAGGGAACAAAGAGGCCACCCAGCGCUUCUCUGAGAUCAGCGAGGCUUAUACUGUGCUGGGCAACAUCAACCUGAGGAGGAAGUACGAUCGGGGCAUCCUGAACCAGUCCGACGUGCAAAGCGCAGGGAGACCGUCCUCCAAACAGGCGGCGGGCAGAUCCACAGGCUCCCCACAGCAGCAGCGGCAGCAUCAACAGAGAGCCAGACGGUUCUCCCAAGCUGGCGGGAAGCCCAUGUUUGAUUUUGAUGCCUUUUAUCAGGCUCACUACGGGGAGCAGCUGCAGAGAGAGAGGGAAAUGAAAGCCAGGAAGGAGCAAAUACAGGAGAAGCAGAGGCAGAGUAUGAACAGGUGGAGGCACGGGAAAGGGCUGGAGAUGACUGUGAUGAUGCUGCUGGCCGUGGCGGGGCUGAUAUUUAUGAAUGUCAGCAAACCCUGAAAUAGAAGCAGCUACCGGACGUGUCCCUAUGGGGUUACAUGUUACGACUCUCAGGGGGGAGAUUCUGCACAAGGAUGGAACAAUUUUUCAACUUUAAAUGCUGAACAACGCACAAUUCCUCCAUACUUCUCUAUAAACUGUUUCUGUAAUAUAGAGAAUUACUCUGAAGUAUAGAAGUAAAACAUAAUUUGCUGUUGGUAAAUGUACACGCAUUGAUUAAGUGUGUAUACAUGUAUGUAAUGUACAUACAGGAUGCCACGUCAUGUUCGAAAUGUUAUUAAAUUUUUUAAAAAUGUUUCUUUUGUGUAAGGGAAACUGU